AUGGCUCCCUCAAAACAACCCCCCCAGCCCUUCGCCAAGGAUGAAAAGGUCCUCUGCUUCCAUCAUGAGAUGCUCUACGAGGCCAAGAUCCUCGACGUCGCCCCCACCGACUCCGGCGACGGCUUCCAGUACAAGAUCCACUACAAGGGCUGGAAGAGCACCUGGGAUGACUGGGUCCCCGUCGACCGCAUCCGGAAGCUCAACCCGGAGAACGUCGAGCUCGCCAACCAGCUAACCGCCCAGAUGAAGAACCUCACCCAAAAAUCUACGAAGCAGGUAAAGAAGGGAGGCGCCAAGGCUGUUGCUGCCGCCGAGUCUGCGAGGGGUAGUGAGGAGAGGGGCGGUGCUGGGACGACUACUCUGGGAGGUAGGGGUCCUAGGCGCGCGCGAGAUUAUGAGCUUGAGCAUGAAGAGGCAUUCCAUUCAAGGCCCUCUAUCAAACUCCCUAUCCCCGACCACAUCAAGGCCAUUCUCGUAGACGACUGGGAGAACAUCACCAGGAACAACCAACUAGUUCCCGUCCCCCAUCCUCACCCCGUCAACCAGAUCAUUGACGAUUACCUCGCUUACGAGAGGCCCCAUCGCGAGGAGGGCUCCGCGCUUGCGGAUAUUCUUGAGGAGACUUUUGCUGGUCUUAGAGAGUACUUUGAGAGGUCUCUCCCCAGGAUCCUCCUCUACAGGUUCGAGCGAGUUCAAUAUCACGAAACCCGUGAAAUGAUGCAAAAGACCAAGGACGCAGAAGCUAAGACCGUCUGUGAUGUCUAUGGCGCUGAGCAUCUCUGCCGCCUACUCGUAUCCCUGGAGGAGCUAGUCGCGCAAACCAACAUGGACCACCAGUCCGUUUCCCGUCUCCGUGACGAACUUGUCAAGUUCACCACUUGGCUUGGAAAGAAUGCUUCUAAAUACUUUGUCCCCGAGUAUGAGACUCCUUCUCAGGAAUACAUUGAGAAGACCAAGUUCUAG